AUGAAUCUUGUUGCUCUGCUACUCCUAAUAUUACACCUUUUCAUUGUUUCACGUGUAGAAGCCGGCCAAGUCAUUUUGAUGGAUCCCAACAUCACUCGCUCUUUUGUCGACAUGGAAGCUAGCUUCUCUCCAUUAGUGAAUACGGAGGAAACCGGAGUGGUUUACGUGGCUGAGCCUCUCAACGCUUGCCGAAACUUGAGGAAUAAACCGGAGAAGAGUCCUAAUGGUACUUCUGCUUUUGUGUUGAUCAUAAGAGGAGGCUGCACUUUUGAGUACAAAGUCAGAAACGCGCAGAGAAGCGGGUUUAAGGCUGCCAUUGUAUAUGACAAUAUGGACCGCAACUUCUUAUUACCAAUGGCGGGGGACUCGGACGGUAUAUAUAUUCAAGCGGUUUUUGUGAUGAAAGAAGCCGGAGAAACUCUCAAGAAGUACGCUGGUUUGGCGGAAACGGAAGUCAGGUUGGUUCCUGAUUCAGAGGACUCGGUAUGGUCGUUGUACGCUACCAUAGCAUUGAUCUUGUCGCUGGCUACGUUUGGUGUUGUGGUUGCUUGUGUCUUCGUCUAUAGAUGUUGCACAACACAUAGCAACUCUAUAUCUCAGUUUAAUGGGAUGAGCAGUAGAAAGGUGAAAGCAAUGCCAAGUGUUACAUUCAGUACUUGUGCGAAAGAAGAUACCACGACUGGUUCCUCUUGCGCUAUCUGCCUUGAAGACUACAAUGUUGGGGACAAGCUCAGGGUCUUACCUUGCGGACACAAGUUUCAUGCCGCUUGCGUAGAUUCGUGGCUUAUAUCAUGGAGAACGUUUUGUCCAGUGUGUAAACGGGAUGCGAAAAGGAGCGUAUAUGAGCCACCAGCUUCAGAGAGAACACCGUUUCUCAGCUCUUCAACUGCAACAUCAUCUGUAGUUUGUAUAGAACCUCCUCCUUUGGUGUCCUCAGUUUCUUUCUCUCCAGCGCAUGUGCGCUCGUCCAACAUUCAACAAUAUGUCAGGUUGUCCUCUCACCACAACCAGUCUUCCCCAAUAAAUAUCAGCCGUACCACCGAGAAUUUCAGGCGACAAGCCUCACCAUUGCUGUCAUCAUCACAGAGAUCAUACAUCUGUAUGAAGUCUUUCCAUUCACUUGGUUAUUCGACCAUGUCAUCUCUCAACGCUAUCGACAGGUCACCUUACCGUCCAUUCCCAAGCAAUGCACCUCCUGGAUUAGCUAGUUCGACAAAUCAUCUGCUUUGCAAUUAUACAGCAAAAACAUUCUCUCCUUUCGCCUCUACACACUCGCUUCCUGACUGAGCUUUCAACAGACACCAUAGAAGAAUCUGAAUCUCUAGGUGUGGUCCCGUCCGCUUUGGUUCAUGUAGGAUUCU